AUGAUCACUUUUACAAGACUGGAUCAUAGGCCCUCUGGUAACGCAGAAAUGUUGUUUUCCAAAUUUGGCUCAUCCAGCUUGCAGCACUUUGUCAAAGACCUCAGUAUUGCAGAACGCAGGUUGUAUCACAAUCCCAGUCGAUUCAUCAUGAGCGUGUUCGGAAUCUUCUAUCUUGAACUGUACUGGUCGCAUCCACCAUUCUCAGGCUUGCCACUGGAGCCGCUAUCUCUUGCUGGGGUCUUGUCCUAUGGUGAGAAGCAAUGUGGCCUCCACCAAUCAG